UCCCUCCCGUGAUGCCCCAAUGUGGCAACCAAAAACAACAAAAAGCCACCACACCACACCCCACUGUUCGCUUCCCCUUCCGCAUAAAAACAACCCCAAAAAACUUCACAACACACCCACUUCCCAAACCCCAAAACCAAAACAAUGAACCUCUCAUCUCCUCUCCACCUUCUCAAAUCCUCACUCAUUCUUCUUCUUCUGCAAUUACCUCUCAAUGAUUCAAGCUACCACGAAUACUCACUAGCACUCUCAAAAUCCAUACUCUUCUUCGAGGGCCAGAGGUCCGGAUUUUUGCCGAACGAUCAGAGAAUUAUUUGGAGAUCGAAUUCCGGACUUGGCGACGGUUGGACGGUGAACGCCGACUUGACGGGCGGUUAUUACGACGCCGGCGAUAACGUCAAGUUCGGUUUUCCGAUGGCGUUUACCGCCACAAUGUUGGCUUGGAGCGUGAUCGAGUUCGGCGAUUCGAUGCCCAACGGCGAGUUGAGGAACGCGCUGGUCGCGACUCGUUGGGUCUCAGAUUAUCUUCUCAAGACGGUUUCUCAGCUUCCCAACCGAAUUUUUGUGCAGGUUGGGGACCCAGUUAUAGACCAUAAUUGCUGGGAAAGGCCUGAAGACAUGGACACAGCAAGGACUGUUUAUGCAGUGGAUGCACCGAAUCCGGCCUCCGAUGUUGCCGGUGAGACAGCGGCAGCUCUGGCAGCUUCGUCAAUGGCAUUUCGUUCGUCGGAUCCUGGGUACUCAGAAACACUGUUUAGGACGGCUGUUAAAGCAUUUGAAUUUGCAGACAAUUACAGGGGGGCUUACAGCGAUAAUUCGAAUAUUAGAGAUGGUGUAUGCCCAUUUUACUGUGAUUUUGAUGGCUAUCAGGACGAGUUGCUGUGGGGAGCAGCGUGGCUGAGGAGGGCCUCUCAGAAUGAUUCUUACCUUAAUUAUUUACAAAACAAUGGCAAAACACUUGGUGCUGAUGACAAUAUUAAUGAGUUCGGAUGGGACAACAAGCAUGCUGGCCUAAACGUCCUGGUGUCUAAGGAAGUGAUAGAAGGCAACAUGUACUCACUCCAAUCAUACAAGUCCUCAGCCGAUAGCUUCAUGUGCGCCCUCGUACCCAACUCUGACUCCUCCCACAUUGAAUACACCCCGGGUGGCCUCAUCUACAAACCGGGUGGCAGCAACUUACAACACGCCACCACAAUCACGUUCCUCCUCCUCGUCUACGCCAACUACCUUGACCGAUCAUCGCAAGCUGUCAAUUGUGGCAGCGUCACUGCCACUCCCACACUGCUCCGACAAAUUGCCAAACGACAAGUGGAUUACAUCCUAGGUGACAAUCCUAAGGGCUUGUCAUACAUGGUUGGGUACAGUAAUUAUUAUCCACUACGCAUUCAUCACCGUGGCUCAUCAAUACCGUCAAUCAAGGAUCAUGGAGAGUUCAUUGGGUGUAAGGAUGGAUCUGUGUACUUCAACUCAUCCGAUCCUAACCCAAAUUUGUUGGAUGGGGCUGUUGUGGGUGGUCCUGGGGAGGAUGAUGCUUAUGCGGAUGAUAGAGUCGAUUUUAGGAAAUCUGAGCCGACCACGUAUAUUAAUGCACCGUUUGUUGGUGCACUUGCUUAUUUUGCUGCUAACCCGGAUCAUAGUUAGCAGAUUUGAAGGGCAAAAAAAAAAAAAAAAUGGGCCAAAAAAAGCCCAAACAAAAAAUUGUUCCCAAAACAGAGGCAUUGGAUUUGUAUAUAAUUUGACAUUGGCAUUUAAGAUCAGUGGAAAAAAGGUCUCUCAUCUUGUGCUAAAAGCGAAGAGGGAAGAGGCUUAAGCUUGGGGCAUUUUGUUUUGUGUUUUAUUUAUUAUUUAUUUUAUUAGAAUUUGUCAUUCUUUUUUGUUAUAAUCAGUACAGAGAAAUAGAAGAAAUGAAAGCUGCAUUGCGUAAA